CACUUUUCAAAAGCAUGUGGCAAUUUGACUUCUAGGUCAAAUCGGUCAAUUUUGUCAGUGUGUUGCAAGUAUUUUGUCAUAUCCUACCAGUUCUUAGUUUUCAUCCCAUUAACAUGUAUUCUGAUCGUCGUGUAUCCCUAGAUAUAGCACCGCUUGCUAGCUGGGAUUCUUGUUCGGCCGAUGAGAAAACGGUUGUUGUGUUAGUUGGUUUGCCUGCUCGUGGGAAGUCAUAUAUAUCUACCAAGCUUUCAAGGUACCUUAAUUGGGUUGGAAUUAAUACACGAGUUUUCAAUGUUGGGGCUUAUCGUCGACUUCAAAUGAAAGAUUACAAUGACCAUAGUUACUUUUCCGACGAAAAUAAUGAAGGCGUAGCACUCAGACAAAAAAUUGCAUCAGAAGCAUUGGAUGACUUAAUCUCCUGGUUAACAUCAGAUGUUGGUAGGAUUGCCGUUUUUGAUGCGACAAAUACAACGCGAGAGCGUCGGUUAUGGAUAAUGGAACGGUGUAAAACGCAUAAUUUUCAAGUUAUAUUUGUCGAGUCGAUUUGUAAAGAUAAAAAUUUAAUUCAGGAGAAUGUUUUGGAGGUAAAAGUCAAUAGUCCUGAUUACAAAAGUAUCGACAAAGAAGAAGCGUUAAAAGAUUUUCUUAAACGUAUUGAACAUUAUGAAAAACGUUACGAAUCAAUUGAUGAUGAUUUGGAUAAGGAUUGGUCUUAUAUUAAAAUAUUUGAUCAAGGCAAACGAUAUCUAGCCAAUCGUAUCGAAGGUAAUAUCAACAGUCGAAUUGUCUAUUAUUUAAUGAAUAUUCGUGUAAACAAACGUACCAUUUAUCUGACACGACACGGUGAAACAGAUCUCAAUAUUCAUGGUCGAAUCGGUGGAGAUGGGAAGCUUUCUGAAAGAGGUGAACUAUAUGCUAAAAAACUCUCAGCAUUUAUGGAACAAGAAAAGUUAGAAAAUCUUAAAGUUUGGACAAGUCAUUUUAAGCGUACUAUUCAAACUGCUGAACAUAUUCAAUGUUCACAGAUAUGUUAUUGGAAAGCAUUGGAUGAAUUGGAUGCAGGAGUUUGUGAUGGUAUGACAUAUGAAGAGAUUCAUGAAAAAUAUCCUGACGAUUUUGCACGACGUGAUGGCAAUAAAUAUUAUUAUCGUUAUCCAAUGGGUGAGUCAUAUCAAGAUUUGGUGACACGUUUAGAGCCGGUCAUUAUGGAAUUAGAACGACAAACAUCAGUUUUGGUUAUUUGUCAUCAGGCUGUAGCACGUUGUUUACUUGCCUAUUUUGAAGAUAAAAACAAGGAUGAGCUACCCUAUAUUCAUGUUCCAUUACAUACUGUAUUCAAAUUAACACCGACUGCUUAUCGUUGUAUAGUUGAACGUGUAAAAUUGAAUGUACCAGCUGUGGAUACACAUAGAAUGAAACCAGAGAACACUAAAACACCACGUUCUUCAUUUGAAGCCAUGAAAACUGUUCCAGCUGAAUAUUAAUUUUAUGAUAAAUCAAAGCACCUCUAGAAGAUUAUUGAUUUGUCUAUUUUUGUAAAUAAAAACAAACAAACAAACAAUUUAUUUAUUUAUAAAUUUCCAAUAGUGAAUUAUGUGUAGUAAGUGUUUGUCGCUUUGUUGUUUAUUAUUGCCGUUUUUUUUUGUUGUUUGUUAUUGUGUUCUGUUUUCAUUUUCAAUGCUUUAUUAGUUACCAAUGUACUGUAGUUUUUUUUCUUUUUAAAAUCUUAUGAAUGAAUUAAAUUUAAUGAAAACAGAAGAUUUUCUUUUCAACUCAAUUGUAUACUUUUUUGCAUAAGACUAUGAUUUAUGAACGACCUUUAAGUAAACACUUAAGUGACUCUGACAUUGUCUAUCUACUAAUUAGGAUUAAAAUGUCAGUUAUAAACCAGUGUAAGGAAUUUCAAAUGAUGAUUUACAGUUGAUAGUUAAAGAUUAUGAAUUAGAUAUAUUGGGUUUUUAUCAUGAACGAGCAAAUAUCAGUUAUGUUGCUAAAACUUUAUUUAGCCAAAUGGUUAAGUGAAUUGCAUAACCAAUAUCCAAGACUUAUUAUCUUAUAUCAUGAUUGAUUCGUCCAUAAAAUGAUAAUCUCGCUAGUUUUUUGGAUUAUUAUUUAGUUUUAUUUCAUUAAUUAAUUAAAUUAUAUCAAGGUUUUAUUGUAAUUAAACUAUGGAAUUUCAUAAAACAUUUUGUAAUACCAUUAAUAUCUGAUUUAAUUAUUGUGAGAUCAGUUAAACAAUAACGAUUAUAUAAUAAAUGAUGAUACAUGUGUGUUAUGUGUGUGUGUGUGUAGUUGUUAUGUUCAGUUGGCAUUUUAUGUUGUUUUUUACGCCCGAGAAUGAUUUCAUUUAUUCUCGUUUUUCUUUUUGUUUUGUUUUGUUUUGUUUUUGUUUGUUCCUUAUUUCAUUUGCCUUAAUCAAUUAACAGUUUAAUGUUUUGUUUGUACAGUAACAUAAUUUUCUAUUCCUUCUUUUUUUGUUGAUGUAUUAGUAUUUUUCCUUUCUCCAGUUUAGUCAUAUUUUAAAACACCUUUAUUCAAUAUUAUAUUUUUGGUACAAUAUUAAAACUCUCAAUGCAAAGUAUUUCAAUAGGUUUCUCAUUUUUUUAUUUCUUGUUUGAUCCUGACGAUAAAUAUUGAAUGAUUGAAAGUUAAAUGUUAGCAGUUCAUGAAUCGACAUCUGAUUAAUGUAUAUUCUUUUCGAUACAUAUUGCCAGAAACUACGAUGUCUCUGAUUGGGCUUUUUUCUGUAACUUCUACAACGAAAGGUCGUAAACUUUUAUAAACUCACCUGAAUAGGUUAUGCGAUUAAUAAACAUAAUGAUGUGACAAAACAAAC